CUACUAUCUGAAAAAGAAUACCCACCCAUAUGUUCUAAUAUGGAAGGAAAAGACACAAAACUAUCUAAUGAUAGUUCAAAUUGUAGAACACGUAUACAAUACAACGAUACUGACGAUGAUCACGUGGUGACAUUUUGGAGCGGAGAGUCAUUGCUAAAAAUAACACCAAUGCUGUUUGUGAUGCUUACAACCAUCGUAGGAAAUCUGGUGUUGAUAAUAUCAUUAACUAACAGACGAACGAGACGUAGAAAACGUGUGAACGUAUUUAUAGUAAAUCUGGCCAUUGCUGAUCUUACAGUUGCAUUUAUCACCAUGACAACGGAACUUCUUGAAGCAAUCUUUAAACAAUGGAUACUAGGAGCGUUCUUAUGUAAAUUUCUUCUCUAUUUCCAAGUUGUAACACUUUCAAGUACUACAUUCUUACUCACUGGAAUGAGUAUAGAUCGGUAUCAGGUGAUUGUUCGACCAUUAAAAUCUCUGGCACAAAGACCUAAAAUUAAGGCAAAAGUUGUCAUGGCAUGGUUUAUGGCCUUCGUGUUCGCCAUUCCUCAGGUUUUUAUUUUUGUUCAGGUAAAGGUUUACAGUGAGUCAAAACAAACCUACAGCUACCAUUGUAAAAGUGCAGGAUACAGUUCUGAAUGGCAAAGAAAGUUCUAUUUCACGUUUUUGACGUUUUAUAUUCUAUUACUUCCCGCUGGAAUUAUGACUUUUUGUUACAGAGCUAUUGCUAUGGUAAUUUGGAAUAGAGGAGAACAAAGUCAUGACACAGCCCUUUCUACUUUUACAAGUAAUCGUGUAGAGUCGCCACGAAUGUCAAUGAAAAGAAAUAAUAUAACAGCAUCAAGAAGAAAAGUUGUUUUUAUGACAUUGUCAGUGAUUAUUGUAUAUAUCGUAUGCUUGACGCCGUAUUUUAUUAUCUCUUUAAUUAGAAUAUACAGUCACUAUACAUUAGACCUGAGGAAUGCAUUAACUAUUUCCCAAAUAAUAUUCAUGCUUCACUCUGCCUUAAAUCCAAUUUUGUAUGGUUUGUUUACACUAAGAACCGCUCACAUUUCACAAUGCUAUUCAUUUCUCCUCUGCAGAAAGCCUAGAAGAAAUAAUCACCGUAGAAGUAUUAUUAGAAAAUCUCAUUUAGCUGCGCUUCGUGGAAGAACUUUUUUCUUUCGGCGUAGGAACAAUGAGGAGACAAGUGAUAUUAUUGCUAAUCAUGCUGCGAAAGAAGAAAGUAGUUUUAAGUUGCGGAACCGUCAGAAUGGAAAGUAUAUAAACUCAUUUAAUUCAAAUUAUAGAGGAUAUGAAACAAAUAUUACGGCAUACAGAUUAACAAUUGCAAAACUGAACGGCACACAUUUAUCUGCUGAACAUAAAGUUAUUGCUGUUGAGAGUGACACUACAUCAUCCGAUAUAUGAAAAAUUUACAUAAUAUUUUCAUUUCAUCUGAUGUUUUUUCUUGUAUUUCCAUUUCAUAUGUGUCUUUAAUUAAUAUCGUAAUUGUAUAUUUAAAUAAUUAUUAUUGUAUAUUUAAAUAAUGUUUUGCUGCUCCUCUUGCUCAAUUGUCAUUAAAUAAAUAUAUAUG